GUUUCCGUUAAACGAGAUGUUCAAAGUGGUGAUGUUGAAAGUAUUCAGGUUUUAUUGUCAUCGGGGUUGGAAUACUCGUUGGAACGUUCUAACGUUAAAUUCGAGAUUAUGGAUCGAGCGUUCGUUGUGAGAAAGCAGUUUCCAAUAUGUCUCAGUUACGGUAUGACCAUUCAUAAAAGUCAAGGUCUCAGUUUGAAACAUGCUCUCGUAGAAGUUGGUUCGACCAUUUUCAUUUUCGGUCAAAUUUACGUUGCUUUAUCACGCGUUACUAAAAUCGAGGGUUUGCAUCUCAUCAAUUAUGAUCCAGCUUCGGUUAAGGCUAAUGCAAAAGCUAUAAUUGAAUAUAACCGUUUACGUAAGAUGUAUCGACCCGAUCUCACUCCUAUCAACAUUGUCAAGCAACGUGUUGCAAAGGUUUACGACAAACCGUGGACAGUACCAAUAAGAAUUGUAGAAUGUCAAGAGAUGGCUGAAAACAAUCAAAACGACUCUAUCCCAAUACAUGUCAGAGGGCUUGCUAAUAAUGAUAAUUUUUCAUGCUAUGCAAAUGCAACUCUUCAAUGUAUGAUAAACUCUUCUCACAUUCGAAAAGCUAUGUUGAUGGAUACUACAGAACCUUUCAGUUUGAGGUCUUUUGUUCAAGCAUACAUAACUGAUAAUGACACCGCUGAUGUGUUUGCUGUCAGGGGAAUCGUUGGAGAGCCAUUCAUUAAUAAAGCUCAACAAGAUCCCAGCGUGUUUUUGAUUUCUCUUUGCAAAAAAUUAAUCGCCCUCAGAAAUGUUGUAAAACACCAAAUAAGAUCAGUCUCAUUAUGUAAUAGCUGCGGUACUACAGUAACCGAUAUUAACCCAAAUAAUAUUAUUUCUCUCGCAGUACCCAAAUCGCGAAAAGCGCCUUUCGAUUUGCAAUAUCGAAUAAAUUCUAACGUGGAAAAGUGGUUAAGAUCUGAUCGGCUUUGUACGGUUUGUCAUACAUCAAAUAUAGUAGAAAGAUUUGAAUUUUCUUCAUUAAAAACCGUUGUGGUUGUUCAAUUGGUACUAUUUGAAAUGAGGAAUGGUAAAAUGAGAAGAAAAAAUGUAAUCUUAAAGCAAUACCGACUGCAACUGUACGGAUUAAUCAGGAUAAAUAUAAAGUUCUCAAUGCAAUUUUUCAUCACGGGGAAAACAUUCAAAAUGGGCAUUUUACGAGUAUGCUGCGAAGUACGGGCACUGGUUGGAUUAGUGUCGACGAUUUAAAAAUCGAGAAGCGAAGUUGGCCACGAAACGGUAAAGACUUUUACAUUUUAUUCUUACAAAAAAUUUCUGCAUAAUUUCUAACUCUGAUCAAGUACCGUUCUAAUCAUACUCAUAACUUGCAGGCUUUAAACAAUUCAAGGGCGCUUUUUUCCGCAGUUUUAGCGUGUUUUGUCGUGAUGUGUUAAAAGCCUGAAAACAUUUACACGCUCCAGCGCGUUUUUGGGUAGUCAUCAGAAAACUGAUUUUAUUGCGGCUGUUUGAAUAAUCAUUCCUAAAAGAAAUCGAAGCGUUUAAACAUCAUCCGAUCAUGUCCUCGGUAGAAAACGGGACACCCACAGGUAUUGUAGCAUUCUUUGUCAUAAGUCGUUUACAAAGCUUUUUAUAUCGGAAAAACAGUCAAUUGAAAUGAAAAUUGCUGAUAAGAUAUUUCCUUAAGCAAAAAAAAAAUAUUUUUUCGACAAUUUAUAAUAUUUCAAUUCUUUCAGGUGUAUCGUUAGUUUCCAUCGUCAUUUUUGUUCCUUUUACCUUGCUCCCUGUAAAAUAUUUGUAAACAUGAAAAAGUAUAAUAGAAUUUUCAAUAGUUUGUAAGUUCAAUAAUAGAGAAUUCUUAAAGUUUUUUUAUUCAUCGUUUCAGAAGAAAUUGCAUAGGUAAUUUUCUCCAUCAUUAAUCGAUGUUUCAUAAUUUAGUUUAAACCACGCUGUACAAACGAUCAUAUAUAACAUUGAUGGGCUGAUCUUCUGUUAUACCUUGAAUGUCGUUCAUUCAUUUUUAUUGGAAUGUCAAAAUUUCUUAAAAAAAAUGUUCAUGCACAAAAUAUAUUUAUAUAUUGUAUAUUAAGAAAAAUGGAUCGAAACAUGUGUUUUCAUUUGGCUGCGUACAUAUUCUUAUGGGCGUUUCCGAAUUCCCGAAUGUUCGGGUACAAUAUAUUAGUGGAGCUUGAAGUCUCUGUCUAACUCCCAUUUUCUCCAACGUUUAUCCACGUUUAAACUUGGUUCAACUUGCGUCAAAAUUAGAUUUAAAAAAAAUUGAACUGAGUUCAAACCACGUCGGAAAAAACGGCCCUAACAAAUUUCGUCUGACAUUCGAGAUAUCCUAGUUGCUUACAAUCCGUUUCAACUGUUUAAUUUAUUAUGUUAGGGUUAAGGCAGUAACUGAUUUAUCGCACAUGAAAAAUAUUGGGCUAUUAAAUGAAAAUCAUUUAAUAGAUGCACUAUAUUCAAAUUGUUUACGGUUUAUUUCGUCAUACUUUCGAUUAUGUUCUGCUAUGUUUAGCGAUAACCGUUUUAGAAAUGUUCUCUGGCACAGCGUGAAAGCCUCACGAAUACCGUGAGCAUACUGAAGUGAAUUGCUUUUAUUAUUAUAUAUGGGAAAGCGUAAGGGUCAGGCUACAAGAUCAUUACCGGAGGAAGCGUUCUUAAAUGUAGUCGUCUCAAUUAUUAUGAAAUAAGCUUUAGGCUCUUAUCGUUAGUUCUGAACAAGGAGACGUAGGCAUUUAAACAAAAUGAUUACGUUUUGAUCGCUCAUGUAAUACCUUCAUCCCGAGCUGUCGAAUUCACGGUAUCAUCUGUCAACAUGGUCAUUUUUGCUCGUGUUUUAAGCAUCAGCCCAACCUAUUAAUUCUAUUUCUGAUCACUUUUGUUACGAUUACCGUGAGUAAGCGACAAGUGAAGGGCUAAGUUCUAAACAGUGUUUUCCGAAAAAUUCUCAACCGCACCUAUCUCUGAUCAAUGCUAUGAUGUUUGCCAAAAUAUCGAGGAAAGAAGUAGUGAUCUUUUCCGGUAUACAAUAACCAUAGCGGUGAGCCGCUCUCUUCCUUCAAUAUAGUUGUAUUAUUUUUUUUAUACAUAUCUUCUUAUUUUUCACAAUAAAAGAGCGAUAUAUUGCUAUAGGAUACGCACGUAUUUGGGGAAUUCUUAUUUUGCAAUGUAAAAUGUUAUUAUAUGAUUUUAAUCUCUUGCGAAUGAUUACUGUAUUUUU